CAAUAAUAAUUACAGAUUACAGAGUUUCCUCAGAAACUUCACAGAGUGCUGCGGUUCGUUUUCUCUCUCCUGUUUCAACUUGUCUGACUUUCCAUUUCUUCAUGUCAGGAACAGGAAGAGUCCUGAUAAGGUCACGGUGGGUGUGAUGUCAGUGUGGUGGGCGGGGCUAAGCUUAUAUAAGAGCAGCGGAGCUCCUCAGCUCAGACUGACUGAGCUGCCCCACACUGACUGAGUCUGAUGGGAGGAUGCUGCUGCAGCCUCUCUGGAACGUUCUGCUGGGACACUCGUCCCUCCUGCUCUCACCUGUCUUCCCCGUCCUCUUCUCCCUGUCCAUCUACCUGUCCUUCUGUCUGCCCUUCCUGUUGCUGGACCUGCUGUCCUCCAGGUGGGCCCUGGUGCGCAGGUACAAGCUGCAGCCUCAGAGCUCUGUCAGCUGGGCUUCGGUGCAGAGCUGCCUGGCCCUGACGCUCUACAACCACCUGGUCUUCAUCUUCCCCCUCACCCUUAUGCACUGGUACCUGAGGCCACUCCACCUGCCGCAGGAGGCCCCGCCCCUGCCCCGCCUCCUCGCUCAGGUGCUCGUCUGCCUGCUGCUCUUUGACUUCCAGAGCUUCACCUGGCACUUGCUGCACCACAGGGUGCCCUGGCUCUACCGCAACUUCCACAAGCUGCACCACACCUACACCUCCACCUCCGCCCUCACCACCGAGCACUCGGGAGCGUGGGAGACUCUGAGUCUGGGCUUCUUCGCCGCCUGCACCCCCGUCCUGCUGGGCUGCCACCCGCUCACCGAGCUCGCCUUCUUCACGCUCAACAUCUGGCUGUCGGUGGAGGAUCACUGUGGCUACGACUUGCCGUGGGCCACGCACCGCCUGGUGCCACUGGGGCUGUAUGGUGGGGCCCGCCACCACGACCUCCACCACCUCAACUCCAAGUGCAACUACGCCCCCUACUUCACCCACUGGGACCGACUGGCCGGGACACUGUACAUACCACAUGACUGAAUUACUGACGGAGGAGUCUGUGAACUGACGGAGGAGUCUGUGAAGUGAUGGAGGAGUUUGUGAACUGAUGGAGGAGUCUGUGAGCUGAUGGUCGAGUAUGUGAGCUGACGGAGGAGUCUGAACUGAUGGAGGAGUUUGUGAAGUGAUGGAGGAGUUUGUGAACUGACGGAGGAGUAUGUGAGCUGACGGAGGAGUAUGUGAGCUGAUGGAUGAGUCUGAACUGAUGGAGGAGUUUGUGAACUGAUGGAGGAGUCUGUGAGCUGAUGGUCGAGUAUGUGAGCUGACGGAGGAGUAUGUGAGCUGACGGAGGAGUAUGUGAGCUGAUGGAUGAGUCUGAACUGAUGGAGGAGUUUGUGAAGUGAUGGAGGAGUUUGUGAACUGAUGGAGGAGUCUGAAUUGAUGGAGGAGUUUGUGAAGUGAUGGAGGAGUCUGAAUUGAUGGAGGAGUUUGUGAAGUGAUGGAGGAGUUUGUGAACUGAUGGAGGAGUCUGAAGUGAUGGAGGAGUCUGAAGUGAUGGAGGAGUAUGUGAGCUGAGGAGGAGUUUGUUGAAACAAGGACGUUUGUGAACAGAUUUAAAGCUGAACAAAUUUCUGAUUGUUCAGAAAUGUUUACAUCAUAUUUUCUUUUACAUUAAAAGACUGAUGGCAAACUGCACAGACACACAUAUAGACACAUAUAUAUUUGUAUUAUUAUUUAUUUGUUUAUUGAGGAGCUCAGUGAGGACUGAUGUGAGCCGCCUGUAACUGUCUGUCUGCAGUAAAAUGUUUUUAUGUGUUGAAUCUUUAAAAUCAGAAACUCUGCAGCUUCAGACCAGAUGACCUGUUUUAACAGCAGAUUUUUUACAGUGUAAUUUUGGCCAUUAUUUUUCAUGUUGUUUGAAUCAUAUGAAGAGUUUUAUAAUGAUUUAUGUUCCUGUGCAGCUGUGCUGCAUCAAGACCACAUGUUUAUUUAUUCUUAAUACAUCAGUUCAUAUUGAACAGAUGAAUAAGGUGCGGACCACGAUAGUUUUUAUAUGAAUAUAUAUUUAAUAUCAUUAAUGGCAGCUGAUUAAUGUUGAAGCUACAGUUAUAUAAAGUCUGAAUGUAAACAGACGACAGGAAGUGAAGAGACUGAACUGUGAUGUGUCGAGGAGAGAAACUCCUGAUGAAUGUUUGUCUGAGCUGAAAGUUUCAGACGUGACUGAAAAUAUGAAAUCAGUAUUUAUAUGAAUCUGUGAGAAUAAACUUUAUGAACUAAA